UUUGGUACUGCCUUUGCUUUUGGCUUUGGCUCGGUCGCCGCUGAAGUCGAAGUCGCUGCCGAAGCCGCAGCUCUGCCCAGGUGAGCCAGCCGCAUAGGUAGGAAUUUACACCUUUGGCUACGAUCAUUUGUCUACGGAACGGCGCCGCGUUGAGUUCGUUAGACGCGGAAAGGAAAGGAAGCCCCCAUAAGUACCCCAAAGCCCUGAAAACCCCUUAAAACGAACCGCGUCCGCAGAAGUGACUGUGUGUCUUUUGGACGAAAGCCAAGCCAAACUCCACCUUUCCACCUACUUGGAAGCCAAGUACUCCGGCAAUUUGAGUGUUAAGUUGUGAAGAAAGUUCGGCGAGUGUUUCGGAGCGGCAGUUACGAAACGCGGUUUCCGCCGGCGAACCCAAAAAAAGUACAAAUAAUAUAAAAGCUUAAAAUGGGUCAUCUGUCCACCUCGGAGCGAGUGUGCAGCAAGACGCCGGCCAUUUCGGGUGACUCCAGUCCCCCUCUCUUGGCCAGGAGAUCGAAGUUGCCCAACGGGGAUGCCCAGCAGCAGGUGCGCCGGGGCGAGGAUUCCUCGCCAGAACUUCCGCCCCGUGGAAAGCUACAGCUGCCCCAGAAGAGGGAGGAACUCCCCCGGGCGGUGAUCCCCCAGGAGAUCGCCGAUCAUGUGCCAAAGGACGCCAUCAACCUCGAGGAGUACACCCGCACCUUUGUCGGCGAUCGCGUCCUCGGCUGGCAGUUCCACGCCCCCCUGAAGUGGGACAAAGUCAUCCAGAUCUCACUUCUGCACAUCGUGGCCGGAAUCUGCCUGCUGACCUAUCCGCUGCGAAACCUCAAUUUGUACACCACCAUCUGGUCAUUCUUCGUUGGUGGAGUGGCUGGAUUCGGAGUUACCGCCGGAGCCCACAGAUUCUGGACCCAUCGGAGCUACAAGGCCAAUGCCGUAUUGCGAUCCAUUCUGAUGGUCUGCUACUGCGUGGCCGGACAGAACACUCUUUAUGACUGGGUUCGGGACCAUCGAGUUCACCAUAAAUAUUCAGAGACCGAUGCGGAUCCUCACAAUGCCAACAGGGGAUUCUUUUUCUCCCACGUGGGAUGGCUGAUGAUGCUGAAACACCCUGAAGUUCUGCGUCGUGGUCGCCAGAUCGACAUGAGCGAUAUUUUGGCGGACCCCGGUCGGUUCCACCAGAAGUACUUCAUCCCCCUGAAGACCUUCUUCUGCUUCAUCUUGCCCACCGUGAUCCCAGUCUAUUUCUGGGGAGAAUCCUGGACCCUCUCCUUCGUGCAGCAGUGCCUCUUCCGCUACGUGAGCAGCCUGAACUUCACCUGGUCCGUGAACAGUGCCGCCCAUCUCUGGGGAUCCCGCCCCUACGAUAAGCGGAUCAUGCCCAGCGAGAACAUCUACGUAUCCCUACUGGCCAUGGGAGGGUGGCACAACUACCACCACGUGUUCCCCUGGGACUACAAAGCAGCUGAGCUGGGCAACUACACCGUGAACUUCACCACCAUGGUGCUGGAUGCCUUCCAUAAGCUGGGAUGGGCCUGGAACAUGAAGCAGCCCUCCAAGGAGCUGGUGCGUCGCACCCGAAAGUACGGCGACGGCACCCACGCCUCCCUGAUGGGCGGUCCCGAGGAGUUCAAGGACGGAGUGGUGGCCGGAGCCACCAUGGUGGGCCACGUGCACUACGCCGAGGUGCCGGACCCCGAUCUGGAGUACGAUGCCGAGUCCAGCAGCACGGAGAGCGCCAAGCUGGACGAGAACGAGAACGAGGGCGAGCGGAUGAAGAAGUCCAAGUCCAAGGCGGCCAACUAGGGAUCUCGGUGGUCGGGAUA